ACGUCAUCAACGUCAGAGGGCGGAGGAGUCAAUCCCAGCAUCCUCUCCCCACCAAAAUGGCGUCCAAAGCAGGAGAAGGCGACAAGGAAUCUCAGGGAUUUGUGGCAAAUUUGCGACAACAGCUUGCAGAUUUGAAGGUCUUUCUUUGGGAUCCGACUAGGAGAACUGUCUUGGGAAGAAAUGCGAAGAGUUGGGGUGAGGUUGGCCUGUUCUACCUGAUCUUCUACUCCUGCCUGGCAUGUUUCUUCGCCAUCACCCUGAUUGUCUUCUACCAGACUCUGAGCUGGGAACAACCAACCUACUGGGCCGGCAAAAACUACAUGAACAUCCCUAGUGUGGGGUUCCGCCCUAACAUCAGAACCGAGGGUAACAUCGCCUUCAACCCCACCCAAGCCAAGUCCUACGACAAGUACAUUAAGAUGCUGGACAGCUACCUGGCACCGUACAAUAACGCGACCGCGGACCCCUACGUAGACUGCACCUCAGGCAAAGCCCCCAAGGGGAAGCUGUGCCAGUUCGACAUCUCUCAGCUCGGCCCCUGCGCCACAUCUCCGUAUGGAUACGACCAGGGCAAGCCUUGCAUCCUGCUCAAGUUCAACAGGGCCUUUGGUUGGGAGCCUGUUGCCUACAACACCGUCCCUGACAGACUGGCCGCCAUGAACUUCACCAACGGUGCUGGUACCGUCCUGUGCAAAGGCAAGUACGCACCUGACAGGAACGCCCUGAACGGGGAUGACAUCAGCUACUACCCCCGCGAGUUCAGCCCCAACUACUUCCCCUUCGUGGGUCACAUCGGCGGGAUCGACGCCACCUCCAAGUACCUGAGUCCGCUCAUCGCCGCGCAGUUCAACAACGUCACCACCAACCGUAACAUCCGCGUGCUGUGCGAGGCCUUCUCCGGGAACAUCCAGGCCAGCGACCGGACAGAAGACAUCGGGCGCUUGCAGAUCGACCUCCGCGUGUCCGCCGGAGCCAACUAACGAUUGCUUUCCCCUAGAAGGUUGAUGAAUAACUAGGGUUUUAGCGUAAAGGGGGGAGGAGUGGACUAAGGAUGUAUUUAUUCCUGUUCUAGGCCACUGAUUGUGUUCCACAGUGCAUGUUUGCAGGAUUUCACAAGCUACUGUAGAUAACAGCAUCAUACAUAAAGGUCCAGACAUUAUGGACAAACACCAAAAAAGUAUAUAGAGAAGAGUUAACCACUGUUGAACCCAAAGUUACUGAUAUCCUUGUUAGCAUGAGAAACCUCUAUAGUAGACCAAGCAAGCAAACAGUUCCUAUCCAACAUUGUGUGGUGUAAGCUGCACUAAAGAGUUAAGGGGAACCGAAAUGCAAUUCCCAAGCAUUGUAUACACUUGUAGAAUUAUAGAACUUACCUGUUUUCCAUUCAUAUCCACAUGUAAAUAGAAAAUUCAGGGCCCUUUUUUUUUCUUUUUUUUAAUUUUUCCUCUCCCAUGGAGAAUGAAUCGCUGCUCCCCCUAGAGAUUCCAUCGUGUAGUGCACCUUCGUAUGUACAUUAUAUAACCCUCCUCCUCUCGUAGGCAGUACACACACUUCAAACACUUAUCAAUGAAUUGUCUAAGAUGUAAAAUUCACUGUUGUGACUAGGCUGAUUCUUCUGUCAGUCUACAGAGUACAGCUAAAUACAGAAAUGAAUAACAGUUCUUGGUUUAUGGAUGGAAAUGUUUUAUUUCCCUGUAAUUUUGAGUACUUGUAUGAACUGUGAUGCUUGUGUAAUCUAUGUACGUGUACCCCAGAAACAAACUUAGGUGGCCGCUGGCCAUUUAAAGGUAAUGCGGCCGUUGAAUUUUGCUCUUACGUAGGGGGCGUUUUUUAAACAUAGUGUUUACCGUGUGUAACAGAAUGUAACUAGUCAAAACAGCUCCUAACAACCAGCUAUGUCAAAUUGCAAACCUCUGAAAGAAAAAGAAAACACAACCGCUCUAAUGAUAUUACUAGGUUGAGGCUUUGUCACGUAGAUAAAUAUGUAGAUAUAUUAUAUAUACGUGUCUGUAUACCACCCGGACCUGACCGUAGCUCCUGCAAGAGUUUGCGUUCCUUUCCCUGUAGUGUGUAGAUGGUGUUAGUAGCCUCCCUCUCUACAGAGUUUGAUGGGAUUUUAGACAAUUUAGAUUGACUGUGUCUUCCCUGUAGGGAGGGAGACGUUGGUGUAUGUAGACAAGUCUUAUAUGCAAUCUACCACUCGCUUCUCUUGGGUUUGUUAGCACACGUAGUCGGUGGGUCGGUUGAUUUCUCAUGUUAUUAAAGUAGCGAGGGAAGUAGUCAAGUAAAAGGUUAAUUGAUAAAAAAAAAUGUGGAUCUUUUCGGAUUCUUCUAAGAUGCAAUGAUUUUUAUGUGGAGGGACGCAGCGUAUGGCGGCAUGGUUGGCACCUGACAAACAGUUUGUGGUUCUCACUUUUUGUAUUACCGGAAAUGCAUCUCGAACAAACGUAGAUGUUGCGAGCAUAAUGUCUGUAUGGAUGUACCAAGUCUGUGAAAAAGACAAGAAUCUUCUUAUUGUUGUAUUCCAGUGUAUCCAAGUUUUUCGUAGCAAACGGUAUCUUGGACAUGUUGUUUUACAUUUGCUCUGUACUGUACUGUACUUUUGGAUAGGAGAAUUUUUUUUCACAACUUGCUUUCUACCUCUGUUGUCAGGGUGGAUGUUCCGUUUGGAACAUACCAACCAAAAUUCCUGUGGGAACAAAGAUUUGGAAAAAGAUUGUCGCAGACGCUGUCUGUAGCAUCGCAGUAGGCAUAUUUUGGUCUGUAUAGUAUGGAGUGAUGUUCUAGCGAAGUUUUUCCGCAAUUUUAACCAUACAGGUGUCCCAGUCAUGCCAUUGUCGGCUCUCUCCACUUUAAAUACUCCCCUUGUUUUCCCCAGCAUGUUAAUGUGUUUGAAUUGAGAUUAUAACUUUUUUUUCCUAGUUGAAGAUUUGUAUUUUGCACCAGGAGACAUUUCUAAUCGGACACUCCUUUUGCCUGUAUCAAUUUUCUUUCAUUUUUGUACCGGCACUUUUAAUUUUGUGGCUGUUGAUUACUUUAAGCAAGUGUUUGAUGAAUUUUAAUUGAAUAAAGUUCCCAAUAAAAAAAUCCA